AACACUUGCGUCCUUUUGAAUAAUCAGGGAAGCAGAAGGUAGCUGGAGCAGCACAGACGAUUUACCUGAGAUAUUAAGAUGAGCGCAGACACGGUGGAGCAGUCGGACGCUCCAGCUGAACAGGCAGAGCGAAACGGAAUCGACUUCAAUCGACAAAUAAAGACGGAGGACAUCAACGACUCGCCUCAUUCAGUCGCCACACUGAAGACAUGUCACCUGACUCAGAGCUCUCCGGUGCAUGGAGGUCAGCUCACUGGGGAGCUCACCUCCCUCCACACCAUGCAGCAGCUGGUUCUGAUGCCACCUUCUCACUUGUCUGCUCCCUCCCCCUUCCUGCUCUCACAGAGUCCCUCCAGUCACCAAGCUCUUUUGCAGCAGAACCUGCUUUCCCUUCCUAGUCAGAGUCAAACUAGUCUUCUUCCACAUCAACCUGGACUGGCUCUGACUCCACAGGCGAUGAGUCGCUCUGGUUUGGCCGGACCUUCUAUGGAGACCCACAUGGACAUGUCCCACUUGCAGAUGCCCAAACACAUGUCAAUACCAACACAGGAAGAACCCAGCGAUCUGGAGGAACUGGAGCAGUUUGCCAAAGCAUUUAAACAAAGACGCAUCAAGCUGGGCUUCACUCAGGGAGAUGUGGGUCUUGCAAUGGGAAAACUGUACGGCAAUGAUUUCAGCCAGACCACAAUCUCUCGCUUCGAGGCGCUCAACCUCAGCUUCAAAAACAUGUGCAAGCUCAAACCUCUGCUUGAGAAAUGGCUGAGUGAUGCAGAAAACUCACCUUCUGACCCGAUAAGCAACUCCACCUCUCUGCCGCCGCUGAUAGAAGGCUAUGGACGCAAACGAAAAAAGAGGACAAGCAUUGAAACUAACAUCAAACUCACUCUGGAGAAACGUUUCCAUGAUAACCCCAAGCCUAACUCUGAGGAGAUAACCCUGAUCUCAGAGCAGCUGUCCAUGGAGAAAGAGGUGGUUCGAGUUUGGUUCUGUAAUCGCCGUCAGAAGGAGAAGAGGAUCUACUGCCCGGUGGCGAGUUUACCUGUCAAAUCUCACAGCUACAACUCCAGAAUGGCCUCAACAUCCAGAUCCUACAGCCCCCUGGCUUCAGGUGGAGUUUCAUCCAAUUCCUCCCCAAACAGUGUGAGUCGUGAAGCUUCUCCCAACAAUCUGUCCGCAGCCACGGCCUCUCUAACGUCUCAGGUCAACCCAGCUUCCUACAGCACACCAGGGUCCUGGUAUCGCACAUGGAAUCCUGCCACAUACCAUCACUGAGAAACACAAACUGUAUCAUAUGAAGCUUUUUAGGAUUGUUGUGUCUGACAGGAAUGUACAGUGAAAACAGAGUAGCACAAUGUCCCUGUUGUGAACGGGGUUACAACUACAGGCUAAACCUUAAAUGGACAUAACAAGACAAAGCAGCAGCACAAGCAGAGGACUGCGACACACCACAUUGCUGUCAACACUCAAUUCAUCGCUCAUGCAAGUCCCAACAGCCUCCAGCUGUUUGAUUUGUGAUCAUGUGACUCUUUAUUCUGUUGCACAGAUGAAGAACACACAGAAAAACUCAGUUUAGAAACACUGGUGGGAAAUCUUGUGUUCAAGCCUAUUUGAUUGUGGCUUUAACUGCCAAGACUCAAAUCAAUUAUUUGAAUGUUGACUCACUAAGAUGUUCCUUUUGCCAUCUUUCUGCGCAUUACAAAGACCCCAACUGUAGCUGUUAUUGUAUGUUUUUAUGUUAGUUAGUUAGUUAGUUAGUUAGUUGCACUGGUAAAUUUGAGGUGAUCCUUCGUUGCGUACUGCAGGCCUGUCUAAAUAAAUAUGCAGUCACAACAUGGGGAUUUGGUAGAAUUAUCGUUUACAUGUUAAUAACUGGUGAAGAAAGGCUCUUAUAUAUAUUUAUAUAUAUAGAGAGAGAGAGACAACAUCCCACUCACUGCAACUAUUAGGGACAGUUUGAUCAUUUUAGUUCUUACAACAUGGUUCUAAUCAUCAUCAUAUAACGAGUCAUGAUAACGUUGUUCAGGUAAAUGCUGAGAUUGUAAGACAUUGCUAUAAGAUAGGUGAAAAACUUUGUUAUUCGUUCAGAUUUGGAGGUAAAACUAAGCAUGAAUCCACCAAAAAUGUUGCAAAAUGCACAAAAACAUUGUGUAGUUUUAGGUAAGCAGUUUGUUUUUUCUUCCAAAUGGGUUUAUCUGAGUGGGAGGUUCCUUUUUUACCCAUCAGAUUGCAUUUUUCUUUGCCUUCUUUUAGCGAUGAUAUUGGAAUAACUUGAUGAAUGCUAUUUUAGUGCUAAAAGGAAUGAUUAAUAAAAAUUUUUUUUUAAAUAACCCAGGUAUUUUUGACAGUCUUGAACAAUUUCUGACAAAGUCUGAACUGAAAUUUGAGAUGACGGACGGAGUGGCUUGUUGUCAUUCAAAUGUCGUUGCCCACAGUCCUUUGUUUUCUAGCGUUGACUGUUUAACAGCCGUAACAGCCUCCUCCAGGCUGUGUCCCUCUGUCGCCAUGUCUUCUACAAUAUCUGCAUCCUUUGUAGCUUUGCUGAGGGGAUGAAUUGUACGGAUGAUAAUGUGGAGUUUCACUGUACAAGCAGAAAUAGCUGUGUGAAGAAUGGUUUACUUCUAUUCUUCAUACAUACAAACAGCGAUGGUGCAACAGGCUGCAGUUUAAUGUGACUUUUUCCAACUAUAAGCUUGAGGUUGAAAAAGGUUCAACUUUAUGCAAAUUGCCCUUUCUGUGCUGUAGCAAUGGUGUGGACUCAACCAAUCAUGCUUGUCUAGGAGAAAAAAUGUAAAAUUCAGUAUACACACUCCCAUCGCUCGAAUAAGAAUACAUGGACUCAGAAAAUGGCUGACCAAUCAUAGCUGAGGAUAUAAACUACCCUUGUUUUCUGUCACGGCUGCACAAACCUGGCCAAUCUCUGCAUAAAGUUACAAAGAAGUUACAAGUUGUAGCGCGCAGCCCUCAAAUUUAACCAUCUCACUGUCUAAAGAAGCAUUUUUUUAAAUACAGAAAUGCAAUAAAAUGCCUCCUGUGUGGAUCAUUUACUGCAGUUGUGGUUUUAAUCUGAAUGGUUCAACCUGGCUGUAAAAUUUAAGAUAAUUCAAAUUUUGGCAACGGUGGUUCAUGCAUGUGUUUUUACUGAUGACGUCCUGUCACUCAGCAGUGUAGAGAGAGGUUUUCUGUUGGGUUUUCAAAGGCCAGGUAAAAGAAUAAGCAUACAAAUCCCAUAAAAAGGCCCAAACUGUCUUUGGCUCACCUCUAAAAAAUGACCAGUAACCUCCUAAAAACAUUUCUGCAACAGGAGUAAAGUGUACAUUUCUUGGAGACUACUUUCAGCUGUGGAUGAAUAUACAUUUGUUGCACUUGUUUCCCAGCAGUUUCUAGAAGACAGUGAAGCUCAACAAGCUGGAUCAGACAACACUUGUUGGUGGAAUCUGUUUCUUGUUGGUUUUGGUAUUUUCAUAGGAUUUGUUCAUGAUUAGAAAAUAUAAAAUGACAUCAAACUUUUCCUUUAUUCUGGAAGUAUUGAACUCUGCAGGUCCAAGCCAGGGCUUCUGUUUACUUUGUACUUUAUUUCCUGCUGUGGGUUGUUGUUCUGUUUCCUAGAGAUACUCAUAAAUCUGCCUUUCAGUCCUACUUUGGUUUUGUUUGUUUGGUUGCUUAAAAGCCCCUUUUGAAAGCUUAAUUUGUACUUUGAGUGUAUAUUUUAUUUUAUUAUAAGAAAAUGUUUUGCUGUGGUACAAACCUCUGUUUUCAUCCAUCAAAUAAAACCAGCUGCUGUAACUAUGUUGUACAGAGUUACAGAAAGUACUUUUUGAAGUAAAGCGAGAAGUGGCAUUUUUACUGAUGGAACUGAAGCUCUGACAGUGAAAGUUGGCAGUGCUGUGUGAGUCUCAGGGAAUUAUUUGUCUUUACCUCCAACUCCACGGAACCUCAUUAACUUUCAUUUUCUGUUAUUAAACAGAGGAUGGCCAUGUAUGUCGUGGGUUCAGCUUUUCUUUCUUUUAAAAGAAGAUCAUGGAGAAAAAAACAAAAAAAACAUCAAAGCUCCCAUACAACAGACACAUUUCUUGCUCUGAAAUUUGCACGUAACUCAGCAUAUUUUCUCUGUAAAUAUCAUCUUGAAUAAAUGUUGUUUUAGAUCCUCA